AUGUCCCCCAGGAGUUUCCUUUACUACAAUAGGCAUCCCUCGGCCACGGCCACACCACCGUCGGCCUCUCCCUCCCCUUCGUCUCCCACACGCAAACCGACCAGCAAUAACUUCGCCGCCAGUACGACAUCGACAACGACUACUCCCCUCUUCAACAACCCCAGAACGGCGCCGCCUUCUGCCCUCCUGGAUCGGAAAAAGGAUGCUCAGAACGUUUCUGUCACCGUCACGCCUAUCCCUGCUUCUCCCAUUACCACCUCAGCUACCAUGGCCAAAAGGAAGGAUGCUCGCCGCGAAACGUUUAAGCUGGCGCCGUCGAGUCCUCCCAGGACAACCACCAGCGUAACGACCAGGCCGACGACGCCUACUACGCCAGUUCAGAUCCCCUCAAAAUCCAAAUCCAACUUAUUUCACCGACAUGCCCAGAGAAAACCAUCCCGCCCCCGGGAUGUGCACUCUCCAGAGGCCGUCCCUCCCGCGAUGCUUGCACUGCUGGCCGUCACUGAUAUCCCCAGACAGCGACGCGGCUCCAAGCAGAAGCUUGCGCGCGACCACCCCAUGACUCUCGAAGCCGUCAUCCAAAGACAGCAAGUAUGUGAGAAGGAGCUCAGCCUCACUUUCGGCAAGAACCCCAUGGACUUGCUGCUCUCGCCGCCUGAUGAGUUGGAAGACGACGACCUGUCUAUCAGUGACAGCGGGCUCGGCUCGGUUCUCUCCACUAGGACCGUCUCUGUCGAGUCCAUGCCUUCCCUCGGAGACUCCUUCUCGACAGACACCUUGUCGUCACUCGAGUCCCCCUUUGGGUCAAGCCCCCGGAGGAGGCGAUCGCAACAACCCCGGAGGUCUUUGGAGCCCGUCUCCUCACCUCCCGGCCAGCCAGAGGACCAUCCGCUGUCUCGUGACCGAGUUGACCUGGAUGAACUCGACUUUAGAGUUUUCGACGAAUCGCAAGAUGAGGAGGACACCAAGUCGGAGUUCUCAUUCUCUGACUACACAUUUCCCUUGCGCCCCCUCAAGUCGGCUUUCAAGUCCAACUUGACCGCAUCUCUUCGCGCGCUGCGCUCGGCCGCGAGAUCCAUUUCAAACAUCAACUUUUCUUCCAUCCCGCCCGACGACUUUCUGACCAGAUCCAUUCUCACCAUCGACCCCAAGGUGCCUUACACGGACGAACGACGACCGCCCGUGCUGGAGGAGGAGCCGUCCGCCGAGCUCCGCCGGUAUCUGAACCCCACGACCAAUGCUCGCAUUGAGCCACACCCGGCAACGGUCAUGGCAGCGCCUACGGGCACGCGAAGCUUCAGUGCCUCCAUUCAGAUGCAGACUUACAAGAUUCAGCGAAUCCGGAGUGCAGCACCACUCGCGACCCGGGGCCCCUCUCCGACGACAUCGGCAGGCACGACUCAGUCGUCUCCUUAUCAGCCCCCAUCUCAAUCUCCGAACCAGACCGCCUUCGGCUACCCGCCGGGGGGCAUGCGCCAGCGCGAGAUGCGUGAGAACUCAGACUUUAUUCGCAUCGCCGUCAUGGAGAUGGCCAUGCGCAAACGCGGAAAGCUCGACGACCAGCGGCCCGGCCGUGCCCGCUGGGCGUUGCCACCGCGGAAGCCGAGCGUACGGGCCUACGAAGUUGGCGCCGAUGGCGUCCCAGCUCGUUGGAUCCCCGUAUCGCAAUGA